CUUGUCUCAACAUUCCACUGCUUUCAUAUUCUCUAAGGCCAUCUCCAAGGUCAAACCACGCCCCGAAAACAAAUUCAAAGUUUUGAGGCGUGUGUGUGUGUGUCGCUGACUGGCGGCAUCGCGGCCUCCCUCGCUAUCAACGGCUCGAGCUCCAUCUUUUGUUUAGCACCACCCCCCUGAUGCCACCUCAACACCACGAUCAUGGAUUUCCGCAUAUUAUUCCGCGCUGCCCCGUCUGAGUGCCACUGCUCCCGUUGCAACCUCCGCUUUUGGCCGUGAGCCACUCGUCGCUCCCUCAGCGGCUGUUUCCAUCCCUCGUCCCCUCCUGCCCCAUUGGUGUCAUGGCCCUCGCCGGAGUGCCAGGUCUCGGUCGUAUGCGUCACGCCGGUCACGCCCUCAACCUCAGUCGAAUAUUCCCGCCGCUCAAUUUCAUUACGAUUCACUAUAUAUAUUUCCUGGUGACAUGUAUGGUAGCGAGUCUGAUCUUCUGGGGCGCCUCCACACCGGCGAGGAGUGUCAGCUACACUGAUUCGCUCUUCUUGGUCGUCAGUGCCAUGACAUUAGCUGGGCUAAACACAGUCAAUCUGUCCACACUAAAUACUUUCCAGCAAUUCAUGCUGUUCCUCCUCAUCAUAAUCGGCUCCGCUAUAUUUGUAUCAGCGUUUGUAGUCCAUGUUCGAAAGAAGGCAUUUGAGAGGAGGUUCGACUACAUUGCAAAUCUGCGGCGACGCAGGGCAGAACUGGCGCGUAAGGGUCGCACAUCUUUAGGUCGGCGGCUUUCAAGAAGCUUCACAAGGUCUGAUACGCGGGGGUUCCUGCCGGGUCCGGUCAUACACGAAGCCAAGGACCACUUAUCCCAUGCCACUUCAGCACCAAAUCCUAUAGGCGUGCAUGAUGCAUUGUCUGGCGUCGCUGGCGUCGCUGAUGUCGCUGGCGUCGCUGAUGUCGCUGACGCCGCUGACGAGUCCCAGAAAGACAAAGCUACAACCUCAGGUGUACAAGAAUCCGCCAACAGUGAACAAGGCCUGGACCCAGUAUUAGCCACUGCUCCGGAUCAAGAGCAAGAACCUCGCAACCCAGAUGACUCAGCAGCUCCUUCUUCAUCGCAGUUGCACACUCGCACCAUCACAUAUCGCAGUGAGAAUGGCGAUGAGAUCCAGGUCAACGGAACACCUACAGGAGCUGAAGGAAGUGGCCCACCUGAACAUAUCACUUUUGGGCCUAACACCUACUUUCGGAGGCCCCACGCUGACCUAAGUCCAUCAAGACACAGUCACAACCGCUUCCUAUCAAUGCAAGGAGUUGGCGCCCAUUCGAGCUCGACUAUCAGAAGGAGACCCACUAAUGUGUCCGCCGCUCCAUCAGAAACUCUCCCCGAUAACGCCCUGGAGGCUGCAACGCGUCAUCUUCCCUUCCUUUCUUCCGGAUAUAUUUCCCGCAACUCGCAAUUCCACCAUCUAUCGGAAGAAGAGAGGGAACGUCUUGGCGGGUGCGAAUACAGAGCCAUCCAGUUCCUUUCCUGGAUUGUCCCUGCGUACUUCGUUCUUUGGCAACUACUUGGAUGCCUUGGUAUUGGCGCCUAUGUUAGCAACAACAAAGCUUCUGUUGCCCGAGAAAAUGGGAUGAAUCCUUGGUGGGUGGGCAGCUUCAACGCUGUCUCUGCCUUCAAUAAUUCCGGCAUGUCCCUUCUCGAUGCCAACAUGGUCGCUUUUCAAACUUCCAUCUACAUGCUCAUCUCUAUGGGUCUUCUUAUCCUAGCUGGAAAUACGUGUUACCCUAUAUUCCUUCGCCUCAUUGUCUGGACAUUCCUCAAGCUCCUCCCGGACAGCGAAAGAUGGGAUGAAGACCGGAAAACAUUCCAAUUCCUGCUUGACCACCCGCGACGCUGCUACACCAACAUGUUCCCCUCUCAACAUACUUGGUGGCUACUCUUCUCCGUCGUUUCUCUUAACGGUGUUGACUGGGCCGCCUUUGAGAUUCUCAAUUUAGGUAACAAAGCAAUAACAAGCUUACCGGCGGGUAUCGAAGUCCUCGAUGGCCUCUUCCAAGCCUUUGCUGUCCGCAGCGGUGGCUUCUACGUCGUUCCCAUCCCUAGCGUCCGGAUCUCUCUCCAAGUUCUAUACGUCAUAAUGAUGUACAUUUCCGUAUAUCCCGUCGUAAUAACCAUGCGCAACUCCAAUGUCUACGAAGAACGCAGUCUCGGCAUCUAUGCCGACGACCCAGGCUAUGCCGCCUAUGCAGCCUCACAACCCAAGCCUAGCGUCGGCUUUUUUGGCAGACUACGCCGCACAAUCACUAACCGCCCGUUUGAGCAGACAAAAUCCUACUUCAUGCGCCAACAACUCCGCGCCCAGCUCGCCCAUGACCUCUGGUGGAUCGUGCUCGCCGUCUUCCUCAUCAUGGUCAUCGAAGGCUCGAAUUUCGAAUCUAAUCCCACCGUCUUCUCCGUCUUCAAUGUCAUCUUCGAAGUCGUGUCUGGGUAUGGUUGUGUGGGAAUUAGUGUUGGCUUGCCAGAUGAGGCGUAUAGUUUUUGUGGCGCGUGGCAUACAUUGAGUAAGCUGAUUCUGUGUGCUGUUAUGAUUCGCGGGAGACAUAGGGGCUUGCCGGUUGCAAUCGAUAAGGCGGUUUUGUUGCCUGGGGAGGGAUUGGCAGAAGCGGAGGAGGAGGAUGCAGCGAUUCGGUUGGAGAGGACGGUUUCGAGGGGGAGGGUGGUUUAGAUAUGGGAAGGGGAUCAAGAAUAUGGAUUGGAGUUGAGGGGUAGAUGAGUAUACCAUUUUCUUUUAGUAUGGAAUCUAG